UUAAUCCUCCUCACUAUCACACCAUUCCCACGCUCCCACUUGUAUCCGCUCCCAAUUUCCAUCAGAUGCCCUUGCUCCCCGCCCUUUCUAGAGCCAUCUUCUCCUCCUCAGUUCACCCCCUGCCAAGGUCAUUUUCGUCAAUGAGCAACUUUGUCACCCCUUCUUCUUCCUCCGUCAAGGCCCGUUUGAGGGGCGUGGUGUUUGACAUGGACGGAACCCUGACGGUUCCCGCCAUCGACUUCCCGGCAAUGUACAAGGCCGUACUGGGAGAAGAGGAGUAUGUAUCAAUUCGAAAGCAGAAACCUUCCGGCAUUGAUAUUUUGCAGCAAAUUGAAGAUUGGAGCCCGGAUAAACAGCGUCAAGCUUACGAAAUUAUUGCUGAUUAUGAGAAGCAAGGCCUUGAUCGCCUGGAAAUCAUGCCUGGUGCAUCAGAACUUUGUGCUUUUCUUGAUUCAAGAAGCAUUAGGAGGGGAUUAAUAACUAGAAAUGUCAAGACUGCAGUUGAUUUGUUCCAUGAACGCUUUGGUAUAACAUUUUCUCCAGCAUUAAGCCGGGAGUUUCGUCCUUAUAAACCAGAUCCAGCACCGCUGCUGCAUAUUUGUUCAACAUGGGAAGUUCGACCUAGUGAAGUAAUGAUGAUAGGAGAUAGUCUUAAAGAUGAUGUGGCUUGUGGGAACCGAGCUGGCACUUUUACAUGCUUGCUUGAUGAAACUGGGAAGUAUGACUCUCCAAAGUAUGAGCACGUGGAGUAUAAACCAGAUUACAAGGUUUCUUGUCUAGCUGACAUUCAUUCACUAUUGGAAGCAAACUUUGAACUGGCACCUUGAAGGCAAACUCGAGGGACAGCGCGGCACAAAACCGAUUGCAUGAACAAAGCUAAAAGUGGUCCUAAUGUGAUCCUCUACUGAUUAUCCAAUGCUUUUUGGGUAGAAGCUCUUUGAAAAAUGAGGAAUAAAGAUCACAUUUUGAUCAGCGAAAUGAUCAACUUUAUAGCUAGCUUCAUAGUAUAUUUAGCUGAUGAAUGGAGCUCUACAUGGCCUUUACACAGAAGGCAGUUUGUAUGUAAUCCUGGACAGGUUGGCCAUUGCCUUUGAUGUGUGAAGCCAACACUUUACUAUCAUACUCUCCAAUGAAGAGGAAGUUAUAUUGUUGAUAUAUUUGCCCUAAAUAAUGUUGAAUUAGUUUUUAAUCGCAUUA